AUGUCGGUCACUCUGAGCAAUGUCUCGUCAAACGGGACGAGCCACCACGGGAUUAUGGAUAUACCCAAAGGGCAGAAGCCUUUGAAUCUCUUCCUUUUCUGCUUGACUUUUGUCAUCACGUUCACCGCCCUCUUGGGCAGCAUCUAUUCGCUGGUGUCUCUGCUGAGGAUGCAGAGCAAAAGUACUGUAUCCAUGCUGGUGACUUCUUUGGCAGUGGACGAUCUGAUCAGUGUGGCACCAGCAACCAUCUUCAUGCUCAAGCAUUGGUUGGACGAGAUGCUCCCCCAGACCUUGUGCACGGCUUCGGCACUGCUGUACUUAUUCCAGGGCUUUUCAAGCAAUCUGAUGGGGUCUCUCAUAGUUUCUUAUAACUUCUACAGCCUUAGCAAGAUGGGAACCGGCCAAGGGGCCACCAAGAGGCCGGUCAGCAUGGUCUGGGCUGUUCUCACUAUCUGGAUUGUCAGCCUACUGAUCUGUAUUUUGCCUCUUUGCGGCUGGGGUAGCUAUGCCUCCACCCCUUGGGGGUGCCUGACAGACUGCACAAGCUCUUACAUUUUAUUUCUCUUUAUCGUCUACUCCCUGUGCUUCUGCCUCCUCCUCGUGCUCUCCAUCCCUUUAAUUUAUCAGCUGCUGUGUUCAGAUGAGCAGCAGCAUCUGUACGACGAUUAUCACCAAAUUGCCAGAGGCUAUUUCUCCCCUGGGUCACCUCCGACUGGCAGUCGUCACACCCCUUCCCUUUCUCCGGAAGACACUGUGAGCAAAACCUUGAAGCAUUUCCAAGGCGCUUGUCCAAAUGCUGACCUCAAAGUUAGGCAAAGCCCAGUGGACCAUUAUGGACUGGAUCGCUACGGCAUGCAAGAGGGGCCCUACAACAGCCGAACCCUCACUGUGGAAUUUGCUCAGAAGCGCUUUUCCCUGAUUCUGGCGCUGACCAAAGUCACACUUUGGCUCCCAAUGAUGGUAAAAUCAAACCAAGUUUCUUUCUCUAUUUAUAAUGUUCUGGGGGCUGGGGGGGGGGGAGUUUUGGAUGAAAUUUAAAACAUGCCAUUGAACACAGAGCAAAUGAGGCAACUUUCCCAUGUAACUUGCACUGGACAUCUUCAACACCAGAUAGUCCAGUUAAAAGUUACUGGCUUGUUUGCUUUUUAAUCAUUUUAUCCUGUAAGACCAUCAAAUCAGCUACUAAGAGUUAAACGGAUUGCCCGCCAGAGAUUCAUUGCAUAUAAACAUUAGGAAGAACUUCCUGACAGUAAGAGCUGUUCGACAGUGGAAUUUGCUGCCAAGGAGUGUGGUGGAGUCUCCUUCUUUGGAGGUCUUUAAGCAGAGGCUUGACAACCAUAUGUCAGGAGUGCUCUGAUGGUGUUUCCUGCUUGGCAGGGGGUUGGACUCGAUGGCCCUUGUGAUCUCUUCCAACUCUAUGAUUCUAUUCUAUAUUAUUGUCAUUUCAAUCAAACCCUGUGCUGUUAGUACACUGGCAAAUCGUGUAUCAGCAACUCUUAAUUAUUUGAGUUCGCUGAGUGUGCAAAAGCCCCCUCCAUGUGUAUCAGUGUCUUCUUAUGGAAAGGGCUGGGCUUUUAAUUGCACGCUCUGAUUAUCCAGAUUUGGGUGAACAGAUUUGUAUUGAACAUAUGUUUUCAUGGGCAUCGACUAAGGAUCAUGCCAAACCAAGGCUCCAGCUAAUUACUUAAUUGACUCUGGUUUUAUGCUAGGGUAAGCAUUCUACGAAUAAGCAUUGCAGAGUGAGUCAAACAAGAAAACUACUUGGAAGGGCAGGCCAAGGGCUACUUUUUCAAGCAACUGGACAGGCUGUGGGUUGACUGCAUGAAAUUAAUCGGAGCAUCUGCAGAAUCCUCCUUUCCUGGCUCCGAGGCACACCCUUUGGCAGUGGGUUGCCAGAGGCUGUAAAAUGGAAAUGUGUCUCAGAAGCAAAGGUUUGUGUGUUUGCUUGUGGUUUUGUAAAUAGUGAGAGCUGCUGAAAACUGCUUUGCUUCAGGGUGCGGAUAAGUGCUGUGUGACACCUGUGAAACUCACUCAGGGCCACACAUAGCACUUGUGAAUGCCUUGGACUAAGAAUCCUCUGCUUUAAGUUUUCUCUUCCAGUUCCUUUCCCCAAAUUCACCUUGACCCUGAAGCCUUUGAGCUGACCUUCAAAUCAUCCCCCUAACUGUGAUUAUGGUUGAAUUUCUAAGCAUACUUUCCUGGGAGUCAGCACCAUUGAACGUGGUUCCCCCCUCCCUCUGUGGCCUCCUCACCAGUGAGAUUUAGACUGUAAGGUUUGUGGCAGUAGGUACCUUCUCUUUUCCUUGUGAAACGACACUCAUUGAUGGUACUAUAUAAGUCAUCUAUCAUCAUUAUCAGUGCCAUCAUCUGAGAGGUGUGUUUCUGUCUCCCAGCAUUACCUCAAGUGGACUUUUAUUAAUAGCCUCAGGGUCAAAGCUACUUCUCUGCCAGAGCAAAGGCAUCAAUAUUUAUUGUUUCACUUGAAGCAACUGACACAGAUGGGAGUUGCACUGGAACAUUUGCUUCUCAGCAUCUGUCAGGAUUCAAAGUCACAGAGCUCGCCUUCGACAGAUUCCAGAGGAACAGGAAUGCUGGUUUCAAGCUGCACCAACACUUUAGAGACCAGCAGUGCAAGAGACCAGAAGCAAGCCCUGAUGGGUUCCAUGGGGCAUACGCCCAGGUAAGCCUAACUGGCUUACAACCAUGUAUCUUUUUGGAGAUGGCAACCUCAUUGUGUAUCUGUGCUUCAGAGCCAAUGCCUAUUGAAACCUGCAUUCUUUUAAAAUAGGGUUAACCACACUGUGGUGCCCUAUAGAUGUAGGUGGGCUACUGGCAAUGUUGGCCUGGGCUGAUGGGAGUUGGGAAUCCAAAUUAUCUGGAGGGCACUGUGGUGUCCAUCCCUGUUUUAAAAUGCCACAAAUAUUACACUGUUACAUAUUUAGAGUGUACCGGGAGUUAUUGAAAAUAAAGGCUAAGGUCAUGCAUAGGCUUUCAAGAAACAGUGAGCUAUCAAAAACUGUACUGCAGCAGGUGCAUUCCUAAGAACCAAGGUUUUAACAACAACAACAAAAGAUAAUGAGCAUACAGAAGUCAUGGGAUUCUAGAGCAUGAAUAAAAUGCAGUGAGAAAUUGGAGAUUGUAAAUAUACAUAAUGGAACAGCCCACAUAAUCCUCAAUUCAAACCCCAAAAGACACAAGCAAAUGUGUGGAUAAAUUCUGUUCUGAAUUCAAUUAUUCCUCGUGGAUUCUUUAAAAGAAAGAAAUAAAAUAAAAGGCCACUUCACACAUUACCUUCAGUGUACACAUGUAUGAUUCAAGGUGGUUUAAGUGUGCCUAUGACAAAUGGGUGUGUACCAGGAGCAGGGGAGAGAUGAGAGGAAAUAAUACGCAUGACACAGAACCAUGGCAGAAGAUCAGCCACACACUGUAUCAAGUACAGCUUGACUGAGGAAAGGCAUGGGAUUCUGGUGAUCUUGUUGCAGAUGCAAAAUGCUGCCCAAAAGCCUUGACCACACCAAACUACUACAUCAUGAUGGGAGAUGGGCAGGAAGCCAACUCUGCCAACCACCAAUGCUAUUCCUGUGACUGUAGCUCUUCCCAACGGGUGCAGUAAUGGUAAUAUUCAGAAACAAAGAUGGGCUGCUCUAUGCCCCAUAGCACCUUAAGAUGUGGGUUUCCCAGUGUGAGAGAUCAUGGAGCCCUCCUCAAGUUCCUCUGGACCCAAGUUCCUGCUUAGCGCCUUUGCAUCUGUAAGGUAAAAUCACAGCUGUGACAAAUAGUGCCACAGGGAAGGUAGAGUUAAAUGUAGGUUCAUCAAACAAACUAGCUGCCAAGACAAGCCAGUUAUGAACAGGAGAACAUAAGAAGAGCCUGCUGGAACAGGCCAGUGACCCAUCUAGUCCAGCAUCCUAGUCCAACUGGAUGCCUGUAGGAAAUCCAGAAACAGAGCCCAAGCACAAGAACACUAUCCCCUCCUGUGGUUUCCAGAAACUGGUAUGGAUAAGCAUUGCUACUUCCAACUAGGGAGGCAGGGGAUAGCCAUCAUGGCUUGUAGCCAUCAAUAGCCCUCUCCUUCAUGAAUGCAUCUAAUCUUCUUUCAAAGCUAUCUAGGUUGGUGGUCAUCAUUGCCUACCAAGGGAGCGAGUUCUAUAUUUUAACUAUGCACUGCUGCUGCAUAAUGGAGUACUUUUUUUAACCUGUCCUGAGUCUUCAGGGACAUGAACCCUGAAGAAUCAUGGUUCUCUAUACACAUACGGUAUAUCCACACACACAUGCAUAGACCCAUUUACAAACUGAUGUUGAUUGCAUGUUGGCUGGGGAACGUGUCCAACGGGCUUGUCAUUCACGAUAGCCUCUCCAUUUUAAACACUUCUUGUUCUUGUGGAGAAGUUGGUAAAAUGUAGGCUGGAUGUGGUUACUGUUAAGUAGAUUUGUAGCUGGUGGAGUAACCGAAACCAAAGUGUGUUCAUCAAUGGUUCCUUGUCAUCCAGGUAAAAAGUGGGGUGCCCCACGGCCACAGGAUUCUGUCCGUGUCCCAUUGUUGUUCAACAUCUUUAUAAAUGAUAUGGAUGAAGAAAUUGAGGUGGAUGCUCAUCAAAUAUGUAGCUGACACCAAGCUGGGAGGGGUAGCUAAUGUUGCAGAAGGCAGAAUCAGGAUUCAGGAUGACCUUAACACAUUGGACAAGUGGGCCAAAGCUAAAAAAAAUGAAUUUCAAUAGGAGAAAUGUAAAGUUCUACACUUAGGCAGGAACCACCAGCUACACAAAUGUAAAAGGGUGGGGAACACCUGGCUUACUAGUAAGGGUAAAGGGACCCAUGACCAUUAGGUCCAGUCGUGGCUGACUCUGGGGUUGCGGCGCUCAUCUCGCUUUACUGGCCGAGGGAGCCGGCGUACAGCUUCUGGAUCAUGUGGCCAGCAUGACGAAGCCACUUCUGGCGAACCAGAGCAGUGCACAGAAACACCUUUUACCUUCCCGCCGGAGUGGUACCUAUUGAUCUACUUGCACUUUGACGUGCUUUCGAACUGCUAGGUUGGCAGGAGCAGGGACCGAGCAAUGGGAGCUCACCCCGUCGCGGGGAUUCGAACCGCCAACCUUCUGAUCGGCAAGUCCUAGGCUCUGUGGUUUAACCCACAGCGCCACCUGCGUCGGCUUACUAGUAGAAUGUGUAAAAUGGAUCUAGGGGUCUUGGUAGACCACAAGCUUAACAUGAGUCAACAGGGUGAUGCAAAAGCAAAAUAAGCUAAUGCUAUUCUAGGUUGUCUCAACAGAAGUAUAGUGUCCCGAUAAAAGGAAGUCAUAAUACCACUCUAUUCUGCCUUGGUCAGACCACACCUGGAAUACUGUGUCCAGUUCUGGGCACCACAAUUUAAGAAUAUUGGACCUAAGCAUAGGCUAUAUUGCAGAGAUGAAGAACCUCCAUCCCAGGGGCCUAAUUAGAGUCACCAAGAGUCAGCUGCUUGUAACAUCUGUAUUACACAUUCCAUUGGUAUGACACUUUCAGGCAAGACUUAUUCUAUUCCUCCAAGGAACCAGACUUACCAAAUUUCAAAGACACAAAGAAAAGGCCCCUCAUUUUAUUCUAUUUCUUAUUUCUCUUCCCUCCUUCCUGUAACCAGACUUACCAAAUUUCAAAGACACAAAGAAAAGGCUCCUCAUUUUAUUCUAUUUCUUAUUUCUCUUCCCUCCUUCCUGUAACCUGUGCAGAAAGUUGGUUAUUUCUCUAUGUCAAUAAAAACAAAUAUGAAAAUGAACAAAACAAAUGAGAAAUGAAUAGGCUGUGCACUCAGAAUUCAUUUGUUUGACUCUCUAUGUGAAUAAAACAAAUGGGGCUCAUUUUUAAUUUGUUUAUUUUAAUGAAUCCACACACUCAUGCAUCACCUGAACAGGGCUAGAGUCUCACAUUAAAGCAGCUGCUCCCUCCUCACAAAACUCAGCCCGCAACAGAUUGGACACAAUCCAGCAAAAACAUUUAAAUGCCUGGUUGAUUUCAGUAGGAGUGUUAAGUCCAUGCUUAAAUGAACAUGAUUUAUAAAAGCUUAAUAUAGUGCAAUCAUAUGUAUUUUGUAAGUUCUAUUAGGUUUGAUAGGACUUUUUUUGCAGAUGAUGGGUCAUAUCCAGCCCUGCAGCUCUUCUGGCAGAAAGAACUUAUGUGCAUGCAAUGGAGCUUUAUCUUUUUGCCAGUCUCUUCCAGUCUCCUGUGCACCCCCAAAAUCAGCUCCAGAGUGUUGGGGGACUGUUGGGAGCAAAUUUGUGUGUAUAUAAAUGAUGAGAUGGAAGUCCCAUUGCAACAGUGGAACUUUGCUGGAGCAGCACUAUCUACAACCCUCUGUGAGCAACUGAGAGAUGGCGCGCACAAUUUUCCAUUUACCCUUGUAUGGUUUGUUUGUUUUUAUUCCUUUUACUCAUAGUAACAGACAACUAGAGUGUUUCUAAUUUCUUUGAAACGCCUCUCUCUUUCAGAUUCAAAUGGUUGUUCAACACACUGUUGGGUUUCAAAGCCUUUCCUUUGAGAUAUUCAGCUUUCUGCUAACGCUGCUAGCCGUUACUGUCACCCCAGUAUUUGUCUUGUCAGAACACUGGAGUCACCUGCCUUGCGGCUGCAUCAUCAACUGCAGAAGGAAUGUCUACACUGUAUCCUCAGAGGAAGGCAAAAGUAAGUACAGAAGGAUGAUGGGAAGGGACUGGAGGCUAAGCUUCUGAUUCUGCCUGGCCCUGAACAACUUCCCCUUCCCAGGGAAAACUGUGCAGUUACAGCUUGUUUCAUCAAAAUCUGGUCCACAUGGUGCUUUCAUGUCCCUUUCUUCUAUUAUGUGAAUGGCUGUUCAACAUGAACACCACAAAGCUAGGAAUAUGUGGGUUUCACCCAUGGUAACUUCCUUGAUCCCUCUGGAUCUGUGGUAGAGCAUUUGUUUUGCAUGCAGCAGGUCCCAAGUUCAAACGAAGGCUAAGAAGGCCCAGUCUCUGAAGCCCUGGAAAGCUGCCUCCAGAUACUGCAAAGAAUACGACGUUAGAUAGACCCAGUGGUCUGACUUAGCACAAGAUGCUUUCCUGUGCUGCUUCGUUUGAAAUCCCUGAGCUGUCCAGUUCUUAACAACUUGUAACCAACCAAGUCAAACACAGCCCAUCAACAAUAUUGGAUGCCUCCUCACUGAUAAACCUGGCUUUUAACAGCAUAUAGCUACAAGGGGGAGAGGUCAUCAAGUACUUCGGACCUUCAGCCCCAGUGUGUGGCUGGUGGAAGGGCAAGGCCAGUGAGGAUGUGAUGAAGGGGCAGGGCUAGCAAGCAUGACCCCACUCUCCCCUGCAUGCAAUGGUUAAGCACAUGAGGAAAUCAACAAGAUAGAGCUAUAGUGAAGGUCACCCAGUGAGCUUAAUGACUGUGCUGGGAUUUAAACAUUUGUCUCACUGAUUGGUCUCACUGAUCCAAGUAACACUGUCUACACUGGCUUUUUUUUUAGGUGUAGAUGAGAGAGCAGCAGUUUGUUUACUUUAUUAAAUUUAUAUCCUUCCCUAAGGAGUCCAGGGCAGGACACCUCAGUGUGUGAUCUUUCUUCCUCCAGAAGAAAGCCUCUCUUCUGGACUAGGUGACUAGAUUGAUGCUUCAGUGUCCCAGCUCCAUGUGCCUUGAUUCUAUGCAUGUAACCUCAGAAUCAUGGCUAUCUACAUUUAAGGAGGAUAUCUUAUAUAUAAAUGUGCACAGUGCAGGACCAUUCGAAGAGCUCUGCUGGAUGAAACCAAAGGCCUAUCUAAUCUAGCAUUCCAACAGGGGACAAGCAGAUGCUUUGGAGAAGCCCACAGGGACUCUCCUGUUGUUGUUCUCCAGCAACUGGUCUUCAGAGGCAUGGUGCUUCAAUGCCAUUGAUAACCUUAUCCUCCACAAAUUCCUCCAAUUCCCCUCUGAAGCUAUCCAAACUGAUGGCCAUCACUCCCAUCUUUCGGGUGCAGAUUCUAUAGUCUAGAUAUGUUCUGUGUGAAGAAUUACCUCCUCUUGUUGGUCCUGAAUCUCUCAACAUGAACUCCCACCUGCAGUCUUUAUAGGCAGCUCACGCAGAACAGAACAUUUUUCAGUAGUUUGACCAGGGUUGUUACAAAAAUCUUCUUGAAAAUGGAUCUAUGCUUAUGAUGGAGAUGACUUUUGCUCUAAAUUGAUUCUUCCUCUGGAUCUUUCAGAACCUGUUUCCCCAACUACAGUGUUUGCUGUGUGUCAAGAAGCAAUUUGUUCCUGAUAGUGCUUUGUAACAAACUGGCUCUGGCUCCGAUACAAUAUUUACAAAGUGAAAUAUGUGACAGAUGGCAAAGCAACGAUUACCUAAUUGUUUCAAAACUGAAUUUUCCUUUUGUUUUAUUUUUUGCCAAGAGAUAUUCUAUCUCACCAGGACCCCAUGCAAAAUAUUUACCAUGCAGAAUUAAGCAACUUAAAAUAUAGCUCAUGUGCCCAGUGCCAGAAUGACCUUAAUAUAUUUAUUUAGAAUAAUUAUAAACCACCCCACCCCCGCCCCAACAUAACCAGUCUCUGAGCAUGGUACAUACAGUACAAUUAAAACUCAUCCAGACUGAACAACCACAAUAAGAAAACAAUUUAAUAACUAAGGCUGAUAAAAGAAAUAGAUUAAAAUCCUCAAGGCACAGAUUCUUAACAACACAAGUGAGUUGUAAGAACUAAACAGCUAAUGUUCUGCAAAUGUCUGGACAAAGCAAAUAGAUUUUUUGCUUGAUGCUUAGUAAAGAGGAGGUGCCAUGCAUACUGCUAAGGCAGGGGUAGCCCAAGCGCCAAACCCUUGUCCAAUUCCCAGGGGGAUCACAUGCCAGGAGCGGGUGUGGCAAAAACUGGGUGUGACAUUGCAUGCAUGAAGACACAGAAACACACAUACACACCACUUAUUGGCUGAUCCAUACAGAUCUGUGGGCGGGGGGCAGGUAUCAGUCCCUCUCUGUUCAUAAAAAUGACUGAUCUGCUGUAUCAGAUUUGUAUCCUCACAAGUGCACUAAUCUCUCUGCAUUCCAGUGAUGUGCCUGCUCAGUUUCUUUGUUCUUUCUGCUGCUGCUGCAGCUACCCAAUAUGUAGUUUUUUGGGUGAGCAAAAUAAUUGCAAGGGAGCCCAGAUCAGGUCAGUGAUCUGGGGGUUAAAGGUAAAGGUAAAGGGACCCCUGACCAUUAGGUCCAGUUGUGGCCGACUCUGGGGUUGCGGCGCUCAUCUCGCUUUAUUGGCUGAGGGAGCCGGUGUUCAGCUUCCAGGUCAUGUGGCCGGCAUGACUAAGCCGCUUCUGGCGAACCAGAGCAGCGCACAGAAACACUGUUUACCUUCCCACCAGAGCGGUACCUAUUUAUCUACUUACCCUUUGAAGUGCUUUCGAACUGCUAGGUUGGCAGGAGCAGGGACAGAGCAACGGGAGCUCACCCCGUCGCGGGGAUUUGAACCGCUAACCUUCUGAUCGGCAAGUCCUAGGCUCUGUGGUUUAACCCACAGUGCCAUCCGCGUCCUUGAUCUGGGGGUUAGCCACCAUCUAACUAGCCACUAGCAGUAAGAAGGACCUUAUGAAAGCAAAAAGCCCACACUAUAUUUCUUUAAGUGGGCUCUUUAAGUGGGCUCUUUUAGCUUGCUUCUAUUUCUAUCCCACUCUGUUCCAAAGCCUGGGAAUGAUAAACAAUGGGGAUGGGGAACCUGUGGUUCUCUAGAUAUUGCUGAACUACAACUUACAGCAUCUCUGAACAAUGGUCAUGCUGGCUGCGACAGGUGGAAGCUGUAGUCCAAUAACAGCUGAAGGGCCACAGGGUUCCUAUCCCUGGUUUAAAGCUUUGAUCCAGAGAUUUUCUGCAUGCAGCAUUGGGCUAUCCAUAUAAUCCCUUGCACAUCUAGCCUCCAAACAGGUAGAUGGUGCUGUUGACUUUGAGAACAGCACUCACUUGCUUGGAUAUGUGGAGGUCUGGGGUUCAUUCCUUCCACUUCUCUUUUCCUUUGAGGACAAAUGGGGUGGGGAGAUGAUGCCUCUGACUAGCAAUAUCAUAAGCAACUUCCACAGUUCCCAAUCCUACAUCAGAAACAGUGUUGGAUCCACCCUGCGAAAUGCCUGCGAAUGCAACUCCAAUUUUCUGCAUGCUUUUCUUAAUUCUGAAGAGAUGCUUCCAUGUGCCUAUUGCCUGUUCUGAAUCAAUGCCACAAAGCAGAUGUAAAGGAUCUGAUUAAAAUUAGAUUAAAGCAGUUCAAAUGCAACAGAUGCUAAAUGUGAAACCAUCUGCUGACUUAAGCCACACACACCUCCAAAAAACCAGGCAAGAUAAGAUUGAAAUGGCAAACAAUGGAUGGGAUCCAGAGUAAGUUAGCUGCAGUGUUCCCACUGAGAUCAGUGGGUUUUAAGUCAUGCCUGUCUAGUUCCAACCUAAUGUGUAUAAUUUUGCCUGUUUUCACAGUUCAGUCUGUUAAGUAGCAUGCUACACUAGCCCUUGAUCCAAGGUGUUAGAUCCACAUACCUGAAUUUAGUUCCCACUGAAAUCAACAGGACAUGUGACUUGCCUUUUAGUAGUCUUAUGCAUACCAACUCCACGUCAACCAGUUCAAACUACACUCUGCUGACUCUCCUAUCAUGAUGAGCCAGAAAGUUUGUUUUCUGUUUUGCAUGUUAUCAGCUUUCAUGUGCUGGGUCCUCCAGAAAACAGAGAUCAAAACUACUUCUAAUAUCUGGGAAAUCACUCUGUUCUCUUCCUGAGAAAAUGAGUCAGCUAAUAUUGGGUAAAGCCAGAUAUAAGUUCCGGGUGUGGUGGAAGUAGCUGGAAGACACAUUAAAUCCAUUCCAAGGUAUAUGCAUUCCGGGCAAAUAAUGUCUUCACCCUUAGAGCAUAUGUCUGUCUUCAUUUAGCAUUGGUGUUUAAGCACUUGGAACAUUAGUUGGUUUUUAAAAAUAUUGUGUUAAAGUGUGCAAUGCAAUCCAAAUUUAUCCCAUUUUAGGGUAUAUGGUUGUUGUUUAUAAUACCAGUAUCUGCCAUUUGCACUUCCUACCAGCUAUUUUUAAUGCAAACACUUCUUUCCUUUCCUUAGCCAAAAGAAGAGGCUUUGAAUUCAAUCUGUCAUUCCAACAAGGUUAUGGAAUCUAUAAGAUAUCUCAUGACAACCAUCACAGCGACGAUGGCAACUCUAUAUCAUACCACAGCUUGCUCAACUAUGACUGCGAGAAUAUAAGAGAGACUCAAAAGGACUGCAACAAAAUUGAGUUCAGCACCAUCUCCCUGGAGGACAGCUCCCUGCUUAAAGAGAGCACCAAGUGCAAAAAAACUGUUGGUACAGACACCAAACAAGACCUUAACAAAGAUAAGUUUAUGGAUUGCCUGCUUUCUGACAAAAUGGGAACGUAUAAAAAAGAAGAGGUGAGGAAUAUUGAGAAGUGUGCUUUCUUUGAAGAGAAGGAAAGAAGGCUUUCUCAUGAGGAGUGCCGAAAACCAGAACUCUCUGACUGGGAGUGGUGCAGAAGUAAGUCGGAAAGGACCCCACGGCAGGUAGAGUCUUUCCUUGUUUGAAAUCUUCUAAAAGUGUCUACUUAUAUGUGUAGUAUGUGAUGAAUAACUUGCAGGCUUGGUGGUCUGUGCCUUACUUCUAUGUUUUGCAACUUGAGCAUCUAUAUGACUCAGAUUUAUGUGAAAAAGAGCCACAGUUGAGUCAGUGUACAUCAGCUUCAUUGAAUGUAUUCCUAUUUAUUUCACUGGCAAUAAAUAAAGCCCAAAGACUUUGGUUUACCAGCAUUGCAGGUAGGGUAGAGCUAUAGUAAGUAUGCUUUAUCCUGGAGUCUAUUCUGGUUCUUAGGAUGCAAAGAGGGGGAGAGAGAGAGAGAUGGCGGGAGGGAGGGAGUGGGAGACUACUAAUUGCAAACAGUAUUGUUAGCAUGAGUGUCAUCAGCCAUGAGAGGUAGAGAAAGUGCAAAAUCAUUAUGGGAUAUAUAUAUAUAUCAACCACAACCUCUUGCACAGUAUCGCCACUUCCUCUCCAUCUUUUGGGCAUGACUUUCUUUCAUGUUGUUUUUUCAUUUGUUUGUUUGUUUGAUCAUAUGAUCAAAAGCAAGGGAUUUUGCUAGUCGCAAAUCUGGUUCCUUGACAGGUGGAGUGGAGAAAUGCUUAGAAGAUAGCAAGGAGUUCUGCUUGCUUCUUUGCAAUGUAUCACCAUCACCUUGAGAGGUGUCCACUGUGCUUUUAGGUCAUGUAGUCCUUGAGUGUACACAAGUCCUGCCAGAGUCUCCUUACUUCCUUACUUUACUGUAGGGUUGCCAUACCUCGAAGAGCAAAAAAGAGGACAGCCCGAGCUGGGGAAAGAAGCAUGUGGGCGUGGGCACACAUGGCCACCGUAGUGCUCCUCUUUCACUGGAUCAGACUGGCAGUGGCCAUGACGUGCAAAGCAGCCCACGUCCAAACCACCAGCACCUGAGCCUGAGCCGCCCGGGUCAAGCUGCUGCCAACCUGAGCAGAGGCAGGACCCCAGCUCCUACCUGAUCACCCCACUGCAGUCCUUCUGCUUCCAGGGAACAGUGUCCUCCCAAGCAUGCACAUGCCCAACCGCCCCCAAAAAACUUAAAAUAAAAAAACCCAGAAAACCUGGAUAUUUCCUUUAAAAUGUUAAAAAAAACCCAGAUGGGCAUGUUGGCCUCCAAAAAGAGGACAUGUCCAGGUUUUCCCGAAUGUAUGGCAACCCUUAUUUUGUUGUUGUUUAGUCGUUUAGUCGUGUCCGACUCUUCGUGACCCCAUGGACCAGAGCACGCCAGGCACUCCUGUCUUCCACUGCCUCCCACAGUUUAGUCAAACUCAUGCUGGUAGCUUCGAGAACACUGUCCAACCAUCUUGUCCUCUGCCGUCCUCUUCUCCUUGUGCUCUCAAUCUUUUCCAACAUCAGGGCCUUUUCCAGGGAGUCUUCACUUCUCAUGAGGUGGCCAAAAUAUUGGAGUCUCAGCUUCAGGAUCUGUCCUUCCAGUGAGCACUCAGGGCUGAUUUCCUUAAGAAUGGAAUUUCCUUAAGAAUGGAAACCUUUAUUUACUGUUCACCAAUUUCAGUGCCUGGUUGCUACAAACCACCAUCUCUCUUUCUUAUCUUCUAAUUGAAAUAAUCAUAUUUUCUCAUGAUCAGGGUAUAGUGGUAAGUGCAGGAGCUCAUUAUUACAGUCCCCAUAGCAGUCAUCUGGGUUCCUCCACUGUUAGACACCCCCACCCCCCAGUACAUACCCAAUUUAUUAGAAACUGCAAUGCACUCAGUGGGGCUUUGUUCUGAGUCCAUUGGUUCAACUUAUAAACCACAUGGAGCUGCAACGCAACUUAUAGCUUGCAAUUAGAAAUGCAGACAAUUUCGCAAAGAAGUGUGGAUCCAUGAGCUAGGAUGAAUUAGGAACUCCAUCAAAGGAAAGGAAUAUCCAGACUCUGCUUGAUUCUUUUCCUCAUCAGCGGACUUCUGAUAUGCUAACCUGUCACAAACAAACUUGAAAGUCUCAUCAUCACCUCAUUCACUUGUUAGAGCAAAGACACUCUGUGAAUUUCCCUGACACACUGGUGGAUGAUGUCAUCAUUCCUGCUGUGAAAAAAAGCCUUCAGGUUGCACUCCCUGCUCAUUCACCACCCCACCCCACCCCACCCUCUCUCUGGAUCACAUCACAGAUAAGUAGCUUCUAUGAGGGGUUUUUUAAAACUUUUUUUAAUCCAAAAUUAAAACAAAACAUAUUAUCCAGAAACAUAUCAUCCUUAUUUACCCCAUUUUUCCUCCCUCCCCCCACCCUCCCACACAAAACCCAUCCACCCCUGGCUUCCUGUGUGGUGUGGUGUAGUGGUUAAGAGCAAUAGACUCGUAAUCUGGGGAACCGGGUUCGCGUCUCCGCUCCUCCACAGGCAGCUGCUGGGUGACCUUGGGCUAGUCACACUUCUCUGAAGUCUCUCAGCCCCACUCACCUCACGGAGUGUUUGUUGUGGGGGAGGAAGGGAAAGGAGAAUGUUAGCCGCUUUGAGACUCCUGAAGGGGAGUGAAAGGCGGAAUAUCAAAUCCAAACUCUUCCUCUUCUAACAAAUGUUAAAUGGAACAUUUUCUUCAAUUCAUUGUGUAUCAUUUCCCAAAUUUUUAAAAUUACAUUACAAUCCCACUACAUAUGAUAAAAUGUCCCUUCCUUUUCCUUACACUUCCAACAUAUAUUUGAACUAGUUUUGUACAUUUUCCCUAACUGCACUGGUGUUGUGUACCAUCUGAAAGUCAUCUUCAUGUAAUUCUCCUUUGAUAGGGAACAAUCUGUAAAUUUUAAAUCAGUUUUCCAUAAUUUUUACCAAUCUUCCAUCAUAAUGUUUUGACCUACAUCUUGUGCCCAUUUAAUCAUAACUGAUUUUACCUCUUCAUCUUCCGUCUCCCAUUCUAAUAGUAUGCUGCAUGCGGCCUUCAGUAAUUUCACUUUCCCUUCGAUCACUUCCGUUUGAAACCUAUGCAGCUUCUAUGCAGUUUUAACAGGAAGUGGGAAAGGUGCCUCUGUCUGUGAAGAACCCAUUCAGCUUUCAUUUAUUUGGAUUUUGGAUUUGAUAUCCCGCUUUAUCACUACCCUAAGGAGUCUCAAAGCGGUUAACAUUCUCCUUUCCCUUCCUCCCCCACAACAAACACUCUGUGAGGUGAGUGGGGCUGAGAGACUUCAAAGAAGUGUGACUGACCCAAGGUCACCCAGCAGCUGUAGGUGGAGGAGCAGGGAAUCGAACCUGGUUCACCAGAUUACGAGUCUACCGCUCUUAACCACUACACCACAUUGGCUCCCUAUUUGAAGCAGGCAUGGAAGCAAGGAAGGACAUUCAUGUACCAACCAGAUUAUGCAAGAUCGUUGCUAUUUAAGGGGGUUAAAUAUUCAAAGAAGUAGUGUAAGUUUUUAAAAAUGGUUUUCACCAUUGCUUUUUUUUCUAGAAGAAUAGGUGCUGGUACUCACCAUGAAGUUGUUACAGUAAGUGCCACACUUUUUAACAACCAAAAAACGACUUGUGUACUCUUGAGUACCUCCUGAAAAGAAAGCACUGGUUUUCACCCAGAGUUCAACACCCUGGACAGAAAUAUUCUCUGCAAUGCACUCCUAUUCACGGAUACUCUGGUAACUAAAAAUUAAUGAUUUAGACCUAAAGACCAAAGCACUUUCUGAGAAUACAUAUUGGACUCAACAACCAUCUUUGCAAAGAAAGCCCAAUACUUGCUGUGCUUGCAGCCCCUGCAUAUCUAUCCUCCUCAGAAAUGGUGUUUGCAUUCCUCAAGCUGUGAAAGGGCAAGCCAGGGCAGAUAUUCAAAGUGAGGGCUUCAUCUCAUGUCUAUUCAUCUUAGCUUUUUAUGAACCUCUCCAUAUGUAUUCUCAUGAAUUCCUGGUACUGAGAAAUUGAGCCAGACUCACCUCACCCCACCACAAUUACCUUCAGGUCAAUUUGUUAUUUUUUUUGUUUGUUUAUCAAAAUAUUCGUAUACUACUAUAUCAUAAAAAAAAUGUCAAGGUGAUUUACAGAAAUGCGUGUGUGGAAUUAAAACACACAAGCCUUUAAAAUCAAAGACCAUCAACUAACCAUGAUGGGGGAAAUGUUAUCUUUAAUUGCCUGAAUAAGCCUGGCAGCAUAUAAUUUUUUCAGCAGGCAUUUAAAGGUUGAAACAAAAGGUACCUUCUGAAUCUCUGGGCUGGGCUGAUGACCUUAAAGGCUUGGUUUUUUCUUGUUGUCAUGUGAGCCUCAUCAACUCAGGGGACAAAGAACGAUGCUCCUGCAGAUUACCUCAGUGAUUAAACUGGGAUGUAAAGGUUUCAGCAAUUCUUAAUGUACCUUGGACCCCCAUUCCCCUCACAAUUCGUCUAGAAAAUUGAGAUCAAAACUACUUAUUUGAGGGGAAUGGCGCCUCCUGAUGACUCUCAGCACCCUUAGGGAACUACAGCUCCCAGAAUUCUUUGGGGGGAGCCCUGACUGUUUAAAGUGGCACCAUAGUGCUUUAAAUGUAUGGGGUGAAUAUGGCCUAUGACAGCUUCAUAUGAAUAAAUGACUGGGACGCAUCAGUGGGAAGAUUGUUGAUGUUCUGGGGUUAUACUUGUACAUCUUGUUGGCCAUUGUGAGAAAAGGCUGCUGGAUGAGCUGUGCCUUUGGCCUGCUCUCUUAGGUCUUUAUGCCCAAUAUGUGAUGUCAAAACUAGAAGGCAGGUUGUGGUUUUUGGGGUUUAAUACCCCUGUGUGACUAUAUCAAUAGGAGUCACCAGAUGUUUUGCAACAACAAGCCUUUUAACUUGAGAUCUUUCCCAGUCUGCAGCUGUAUUAGAAUAGUUUCAAUGAUGUGUUUAUUGUUUCAUUGGGAAGAAGGGAGGGAUAUAAAUUAGCAGCAGCAAGAAUGCCCAACGGCCUCGGCCCAGUGUACCUAAAGGAGCGCCUCCACCCCCAUCGAUCAGCUUGGACACUGAGGUCCAGUGCCGAGGGCCUUCGGGCAGUUCCCUCACUGUGCGAAGUGAGAUUACAGGGAACCAGACAGAGGGCCUUCUCGGUAGUGGCGCCCACCCUGUGGAACACCCUCCCAUCAAAUAUGAAGGAAAUAAGCAACUAUCUGAUUUUUAGAAGGCAUCUGAAGGCAACCCUGUUUAGGGAAGUUUUUAAUGUUUGAUGUUCUAUCAUGUUUUUAAUAUUCUGUUGGGAACCACCCAGAUGGCAGGGUAUGAAUAAAUUGUUAUUAUUGUUGUUGUUAACCUUAGCUCCUUGGCUUCUACAACCAGUUGGUGCCAAGAUAGGUCUGAGAGCACAUGUAGUGGUUAGGAUGUUGGACUAGGACCUGAGAGCCCAGGGCUCAAAUCCCCACUUGACCAUGGAGCUCACUGGGUGACCUUUGGGCCACUUACUGCCUCUCAGCCUAACCUACCUCACAGGGUCAUUGUGGGGAUUAAAUGAGGGGAAGGACCAUGCAUGCCACACCUUGAGCUUCUUGCAAGAAAAGAUGGUAUAUAAAUGCAAUAAACAACAACAACACAAACUGGUGUGUGUGGCUAGCCUCUUCUGCCCUAGAAGUGAGGGUUAUCCUUUCCUAGACAAAGUUUUUUUUCUGCCUGCUUACCAGCCUUCCCUAUUCCCUUGGCAUGAACACUUGACAUUUUCCAAACCGUCGCCCAGAGCCCUGUUGUCAUGUCCUCAUGCUCGGCAAGUUCUAAAGUUCAGGGCUUCUAUCCACAAGGUCCAUUUGCUUCCUGCAUCCAGUAGUAGCUGCCAGACUGCCUGCCACAAGUAUGACAUUUGAUCUUUUGAACAAACUGGGGAGAUGGGGGGAGGGUGGGAAUCUUGCAAGUGCCAAAAGCAGAACUGACUGCUGUACCCUAGGGCUAUGGCAAGACGGAUGAACCAAGUAUUUCAGUAUUAUUAAUCACUGUUUUAUUACUGCAGUAAAUUCCCAAGAAUAUGAUGUUUCCCUUACUGCCAAUUCCUAAGAGCUUUCUGUUUCCAACUUUUGAGCAAACGCUUAUUAGUGAUAUGGAGCGAAGCGAGAGACUUGUUCUUCAGUGACAUGCACAAAAGCUGCUCUGCUUCUAAAUGCUAGAGUCAAAAUUGCAUUGAUAGCACAUAUUAGGGGCGGUUUUAAAUAGUUAUUUUCAAUGCAGCACAGAAAUUAAGAAUGCACUGCUGUGUCCAAAGGAGGGUUCCUUUUCCAGUCUGCAUGUGAAAGAGAGCCUUGGACUGAUUUCAUAAUAACACUUGGCUAAGCCUUCAAAUACCACAUGACUUGGUAUUGUUGUUAUCCUUACAACGAGCCUGUAAGGUAGGUCAGUAUUUGUAUCUCCAUAAGUAAGACUUGCAGCGAAAGGUUGCACUAUAGCCUCACUUGGUAACAGGACUGUUCAAGCCAGCCAGAUUUAUAAAUUGUUAUGGGCUCAAUAAUCCAAAUAGCUCUCCCUAUUCCAGCAUCCCCUCCCACAUUUUUUUUAACCCACACUUUCCAGCAGUUGGCAUUCAGAAGUAUAUUGCCUUCAACCACUAUGUUGCACUAGCUUUCUUUAUGCAAUGAAUUGGUUUUGACACUGUUCUGAUAAGUAUCUCCUUAUAAUGUUGGCUCAGCUUUUUUUUUUUUACAACGCAGAUAUGAAAUGAUGACAAAUGAAAAUGUCAGUUUUGAGUUCUAGAGUGUAUCAUGGGGCCCCUGGGGCUCUCCAAAUUGGGACAAGAUGCUUGGGGGCAAUUUUGUCAGUUAUCCAGGCCACAUCUGCAUUCCUCAAAUCAAACAGGGCUUCAGCAGGAGCACCAGUCAUAUGAGUGAUAAAAUCUUCUUCUAAAAUCCAUCAGCAUUCGUAGGGGGCUGGGGGGCAGUCCAUUUUAAUAGGAGGCCUUGCAAAGGGAAAAGGCUAGUGUAAGUCUCAAUCUCAACAGCACUCUAAACACGACAAGAGAAUACUUGUAACAUAUUCUGCCUUCAGAUCACCUUCUUCCAGCUUAGGAGAGAAACCCAAAUCCAGUGUGUGUUGUUGGGACAGCCUUGUUGUGACAGCCCCAUGUUUGUCAGGACAGUCACGAAGUCCUGAGCUGCCCCAGAUCCUCAGCAUAGACAUCCCAGAGAAUUAGCAUCCUGGGGGGGGUCCUUAAAACCAACUCUCGUGCCAACUCUCUGUCAGCUCAAGUAGAGGAACUGCUGGACAGUGGAUCUUCUCCACCAGCAGAAUUCCAAAUCUGUCCCUACACACACUAUACAAACACUCCACAUUUCUACUCACUCAGACAGGUGGUCUGUAGAGAGUAACUGAAGUUCCAUAGACUACAGCAAACUCCAUUCAUAGCCAGUGAGCCUACUCUGGUUCUGAUCUGAGUACUCAAGUGGGUACAGCUAGGAGAGAGUAUUUCUAUCCAGGUCUCAAACAUACAUGGCAAGUCAACUUCCUCAUCCAUUAUCAAAUUGUAGAUGAGGAAGAUCUUAUUGCAAACUGAUCUGGUGUUUAAAAGCAGCACUAGCAGAUCCAGUGGCUAGUGGGUGGGAGAGAUCAGUAUAGCCAAUAACUGUUUCAGCCACCUUUCCCCUUACUUGGCUAAGGUUACCAGGCAUCCCCGUUUCCUGGGGACAGUCCUCAGAUUUACAAAUCAGUCCCCAUACAAAAUCCAUUGAAGUUGAAAAGUGUCCCCGGAUUCAUUGAAAAAAAAUCUGGUAACCUUAUACUUGGCAUGCUUCCCAAAUGCCAUAUCCUUCCCCCCCCCCCUUGCCCAUGACACCUUGAUUGCCCCCACCCAUCCUUCUCUGUUCUCCACAGCUAAGCUAAUAACACCUUUCCCAUGCACAAAUCAAGGAUAGGGGCGCAGUUUCAAAAUGCUCGAACCUGAUCAUUUUACUGGAAACAGACAACAGAAACAGCCACAGACUCACAAAUAGCCUAAAUCCUCCCUAUGCAUGGAAAUAGUAACUGAACCUUGUCAUACACAAACACAAAUUCUUUUUUGUUAGUGGUUUUCCCAUCAAUGUUGCUGUUGUCAGGGUACUUCUGCCUGAGUUGGCCCAGUGGCUAUCCCUGUUCCUUUUACCUAGAAAUAAGAGUUCCGACCGGCCAGAUGUCGAUUAAGAGUGAAGGCUGUGUUUUCAUGCCAGCCACCUGUUUUGUGGCUCUCCCACCUGCUGGCUGUGCAAUGCUGAUGGUGGGCAUUCUUAGAUAACUCCAGCACUAUGGGUUGUUCUUCUUUGGCGAUCACUUGUAGCCGAGUAAGAUUGUCUUCCAUAAACACGGUUUUAACAGUGGGUCCGGAAGGGACUGCAGAGCCCAAUUUGGAUGUACACGUCCUUCCACAGUGGGGACAUACUGUAGGUUUCUGGGUGGGAGUUGAUCAUGGUGAGGGUUUGCCAAAUGUGCCUUCCUCUUAGCACGUUUCUCCCUUUCAUCCUGAGUUCAAGUGUCUUCAAAGCCCAUGACACCUUUGUUCUCGAACUGGAGCACUCGCAGGCCAGUGUUUCCCAGUUGUCGGUGUUUAUACUACAUUUUUUUAGAUUUGCCUUGAGAAAGACUUUAAAGCUCUUUUGUUGACCACUGGCACGAUGCUUUCCAUUUUCAAGUUUGGAAUAAAGUAAUUGCUUUGGAAGACAAUAAUCAGGCAACCAAACAACAUGACCAGUCCAAUGAAGUUGAUGUUGAAGAAUUAUUGCUUUGACAAUGGUGAUGGUGGCCACUCUUAGAUAACUCCAGCACUAUGGGUUUUAGCCAAUGCUAGUUUUACUCAGAGCAGACUCACUGGAAUGAAUGGACCUAAGUUAGCUGUGUCCAUUAUUUCCAAUGGGUCUGUGCUGGCACUGGAAUUGGAGGCAACCCUAUGGUUCUCUUUUAACGCUCACAGUCCAGCAAGAGUAAUGUGUCCACCCCCUACAAGGCAAGGAAGUACAUACACAAAAGUAUUUGAGGCACAUACUUAUCCUGAUUCUCUGGAGCAGAUUUUGGAAGAAUGUGAGUGCUGCCUCAUAUCUCCAGGGGUCUACACUUUGCAACCUUUCCUAGUGCCCACACUUCAGUCAAAGCCCAGGAGAAGCUGUCAUGAUGCAAUUCCUCCCAUAGGACUUUUUUUCAGUCAGGAAGCGUUACUGCAGAACACUAGAGGAAAUGUUUAAUGGAAAGAAACACACUUUCCCUCUCACGACCUUGCCAUGAUAAGGCAAGUUCAAAACCCUGCUCCCCCAGAAAUUCUAAAGUUCCCUGCAGAUGAAAAAUAGAAUCCUCAAUUCUCAGAGGAAGCAAACUUUCAAGAAACUGGAGGAGAGAUUUCAGCACAACUCCGGUUGUCACACAUGAAUAAAAGAGCAAAAAACAUGCUCAUGGUUUAAUAAUUUUCAUCUCUACUUGCAUUGUAACUAGUUUGUUAUUAAAAUGGCUCAGCACAAUCUUAUAUAUCUCUACUCAGAAGUAAGCUCCACUAACAUCUGUGGGACUUACUUAUAGGUAAAUGCAUAUACGUUUGCAGCUUCACAGUCCUAUCACAUUGUACUCACAGUUUAAUCUGUAAGGAAAAGCAAACAAAGCGUGUUUCAGAUCAUUUCUGAAUGUAAUUUAUCUGUUGGUUUUAGAGGGCUUAAUUCCCCCCCCCCCCAAUAAAUAUUUAUUGCUUGUAACCACAGGCCAUUGCAAAUUAUAGAACUUAAUAACCUGCCAUUUCUAUCCCAAUGGGAUCCCAAGAAAACCAAGCGCAGAUGAUUAAAAAUGUCUUGUUAAACAUAUAAAUCAAUAAGUUUUCAUGGAAAAACUCAAACGAUAAGUAGCAUUACAACACAAAAGCAUGUUUUUAAAAAUUGUGCAGCUGCCCAUCUGGGAGACAAGAUGGAUCAUUGUGGGACCUCGUAGGACACUGGGGUGGGGCAGCCUUCCAGAACAAUUAGAUAUGCUUAAAUGUAGAACAUUCCUCCCAGGCCAUUCUGGUGAAGUGCUCCAGAAUAUCAACAAUGCUGACAGAAUGUAAAGCUGCUGAGAGGUCCAGUAGAAUCACUAGUGUCAGGGUUCUAAUUUCAGACACGUUACUGUAUAGACUGAUAGUUCACAUACAUUCCAGAAAAGGAAAGGCCUUAUCCAUAAAGGAGAUUCUCUAAACACCAGGAAGAACUUUCUGACAGUGGAACAGACUCCCAUGAGAGGUGGUAGACUCUCCUUCCUUUGAUGUUUCUAAGCAGAGGUUGGGUGGCAAUCAGUCAUAUAUGAUCUAGUUGCGAUUCCUCAGGGGUCCCUUCCAACUAUACAGUUCUAUGAUUCUAUAGAUACCGAGCUAGAUGGAGCAUUAGUCUUUUUCAAUAGAAGGUGGCUUCCUUUGCCCUUAAGAUAAUUUCUUAAUUAUCUUCUAACAUUUGGAUGAAUAUUGUCUAUACAUGUGAUGUGCAUGCUGUGAAGCUAGGCUGUCCGAUUAUUCUAAUCUCUAGACUAGCCUGGAGAGUAAAGAAGACUCCAAGAAAUAAGAAGUUACUUAGUUCUGAGCAAGAGCACUGGAUCUUUGCAAACCCCCUCAACAAGCACACAUCUUGUAUCUUGCUUCCUUGUAGUCUUUUGCUCUGAUCAACGGCAGCACCCAAACAAUAGAACUGCUGUGCGAUAUCUGUGCCAAUUGGUAUCUGUGCCAAGUGGGUUACUGAAAUGAAAAUCUUUUUAAUAAACAGCAUCAUGGGCAUGUUACGUGAACUGCCCACACUGCAGCAACAAAACUACAGACUUGGAAUUCCUUUUCACUCCAGGAUGUCCUCUUACAAUGACAUAGAGCUAUACGGUGUUGAAUCCUAGAAAAUUAAUGAGACCUCCCGUCUCAGCUUUCAAAGCCUUAAUGACUUCACAGUGAAAAUCAGUGAUUAGUUCCACUUCUGCAAAACACACACAGACAGACACUUAUUGGAAUGCAAAAGAAAACAGAGAGCAAGCCUUGAGGGGGUGCAUCACUGCAGGCACAUGUAAAUCACUGAACUGAUUUUUCUGAAAUGAAAAUCCAGACAUCUGAGCGAGGUGAAAAGGGAGAGAGAAUCUUCUCCAGGCUGCAAACACAGCUCGCAGUGGGGAGAAGAAGAGCUUUUGCAAGGUGAAAAUACAAGCCUAUAUGAAGGAACCAUUGUUUGAAAUGAGUUCCAGUUGAUUCCUUAUCUGCUGCAAGCACUCUGUUCUUCUAACACAGAGGGGCAAGGAGAUCAGGGGACCUGGUGCAGUUCUUAAAAGAUUCCCCCCUUCUUCCACCAAAAAGGAACUCACAAAAUUAGGUAGCACCAAAAAAGUCUUGUGGUAUCCUAAUGCCUAACACAUGUAUAAUGGCAUAAGUUUUUGUGGAGUACAAAAGAGAGAGCCCUGACAGAGUGCACAUGAUUCCAAAAAGUUCUGUCAUCCAGGCACUGACUACAGCAGUUUAGCUUCAGCAAUGGCAUUGCAUCGGAAGCCGUUGGACCAUUCUCAAGCUGCACUCAAAACAUGAAUAUAGCCUCAUUUAUCCAAAGUGUCCUCAAGGGGCUGUGUGAGAUUUUUAGCUAUAUCCAUUGUUGAGUCAGGCAGUCAUCCGGAAACAGAAAGCACCUAUCCAAUUGUUCCCAAUAUUCACAGGAUGUUUAUGACAGGGAGUGUCUCCAAGGAGUCAAAGGCUGGCCCCAGCGGGUUUAGCUGUUUUCAUAUCAAGGCCGUUUGUGGCUACUGAAAUGGAUUUGUUUGGGGAGUCAGAUCAACACCAUGGAAAAGAAUGUAUGAGGGGUGAUGAUGCAGGAUUAGAAAGGCAGGUGAAGCCAGGCCUGGCCUUACCAUGAGGCAGCCUGAGGCGACUGUCUCAGGCAGUGAGAUCCCACUGGGAUCUAGAGGCAGCAUGUAACUAACUAAGAGAGAGGAGUGACAUUAGACCUCUAAGGCUGAUCAAUCGAUUGUGAUAUCUGGCCUUGAAGGACCAUGGCUAUUUGAAGCAGAGGCAAAGAACCUUUUUCAGGCUGAGUGCCACAUUACACCAGUAGACAGUUGUUUGGGGGUCACAGUACUGUAAUGAGCACCAGUGACAAACUGACACACAAUCACACACACACAGUAACUCUGAUUUUCUUUUCCAUCUUCGAUUUUCAUUAAAUCCAUUGGAGCAGGCAUAGAUCAGCACAUACUCCUAGCUAGUUUUUCUCUGAAUUUCCUCUGUCAAUUGUAGGCAAACAUAGGAUCAUUCUGGCACCCGGGUAUGUUCUUAGGAGCAAACAAAAGAGCUAUGUGAUUUAGUGAGCCAUUCAAAGUUGUAUGUGCACCUGUGUGUACUGUGUGUACAAGCUAAAGCUACAGCCUUGUCUUCACUUUUCUCUAUAGACUGUUUAUAUUAUUUAUAAACUCAGUUUUUAAAAAGCUCUUCAACACCUUUAUCUUUUCUGACUGCUCAAACCCUCAGUAAUCCUUGAAGCAUGUACAUGAAGCAUGUAACUUAGUAAUUCGUUCCGGAGGUCCGUUCUUAACCUGAAACUGUUCUUAACCUGAGGUACCACUUUAGCUAAUAGGGCCUCCCACUGCCACCACACCAUCACUGCACAAUUUCCGUUCUCAUCCUGGGGCAAAGUUCUUAACCCGAGGUACUACUUCUGGGUUAGCGGAGUCUGUAACCCAAAGUGUUUGUAACCCGAGGUGUUUGUAACCAGAGGUACCACUGUACAACUGAAUUGCCAGCAAAAUGUAUGGACACUUUUUGAUUUUUUUCAAGAAACACAUAUCUACUUCUCUGCUGAGACAUUUUCCACAUUGCUUAUUAUUAUUAUUUUAAAAAUUAUUUAUUCAUUUUUGCAGAGCACAUAGCUGCCAUUGCAUGCUUUCCAUGAUACUAAAACCCCUUUCCCUCUCACUGAAUGGCUAAUGGGUGGAAGGGGACCCUGAGGGUUGGAAAAAAAAUUGGCUGCAGGCCAUAUAUUUCAUUCUAUUUUAAUCAAGAACAACCAGUCCCCUGCUAUGCUCAUUGCUACAAUGAAAUUCUACACAUGUCUUCUCAUAAAUAAAUUAUCCUGAGAUCCAUGGAACUAACUCCUAGGUAAGAGUAUAUAGGACAGUAGCCAUAGACCACUUCUUCUCAAAAGCAAUCUUAUACAUGAGAAGUUUGGGACCUUUUUUGAGUCCACAGCUCCCUUGACCAACUACAUUCUUUCUGUGUCACCCCUGUGGGGCUCAGGAACCCAGUUAUGUCACCCUUUGCCUGCAGAGCUGGCAGCCUCUCACCCUUUUUCAAACACCCUCCUUUGUGGAGGGUUCCCUCAGCCUCCUCUCCCCUCCCCUCCCCUUGGGAGUCCUCUGGGCAGCAGCUGCUGCUGUCCCUGGUCUCUGAGCUGCCCUGCCUUUCAGAGGCCCCAUUCGCCUGCAGAGCUUAUAGCCGGGACUGCUGCAAUAAACAGCUACGCAAGCCUUCCGGAGGCAGAGACAUGAGAGGGGCAUCAGAGGAGGGAGGAAAGGAAAGAGGGACAGAGGCCAGUGUUGCCCGCAGCACCCCUGACCAUCAUUCAAGGCACCCCAGGGUGCCACACACACUGGUUGAAAACCACUGCUAUACAUACUUACUUGGGAGCAAACCCAACUGAACUCAAGAGACAGACUGCUGAGUUUUCAUGCAAAUAGUUUUCCUCUAAGCCAAUUACAGAAAAUCCGUAAUUCCUGCUCCCUAUUUUCUAUGACAAAUAGGAGCCUAAGCAAAGCAGUUUUGUAGCACCCAUUAUAAAUUUUCCUUUGUGGUACAAUUCAUAACAAAACACUUAUCGUUGUCACCAUUUAAAUUGCUUAUUUCACUUGAUGUUGAAGGAUGAAUGUUACGGCCUGUUGUCUGACCUUGUUCUCAGUACGGAAUACAUAAGCGUUCUAAAAGCGAAAGCGGGAAAAGUAGAAUAGUGCUGGGAAACAAUGACAGGGAAGCAAUAUGAGUUUCAGACAGUCAAGAUAAUCCUCCAUUAACUCAGAAAGCACAGCAUGGGUAGGCGUUGAUGUUUCGAAGGUCAUCAUAACAGAUUAAGUGAAUUGGCCCUCAAUCAGUUGAGUUCAGUAUUUCGAGGUUAGAAAUAAAUACUUUGCAUGAAGGGUUGGGGGGGAAAUACACAAGUUAUACUCUCAACAUUUUCAGGGACAAAAUUCCAUUUUAAUUUAAAAUAUAUCUUUGCAAAUGCAUUCAGCUCAAAGAUUAAACUGAGACAUAAAACUGUACUCAUCAGUUUUUCUAAUUUCUGUUUAGAAUACCUCUGAACCACCUUCAACAAAAGAUCCUAGGGCAGUAUACAACUCUCAGAAGAAAGAAACAUAACAAAAUAUAACAAGGCAAAAUAAACAGCCAGCAAACUAAGAGCAGGAUAAAAUAUCUACAUUUUCAAAGAGCCUGAGCAAAUAGGAAAGGUUUCUCAUGUCCAUAUCAUAGUUGAACUAUGGAACUCACUCCCACAUGAUGUUUUGAUGGCCACCAGAUUGGAUGGUUUUAAAAGAGGGUUAGACAAAUUCAUGGACGAUAUUAGGCUAUCAAUGACUACCAGUCACAAUGGCUACAUUCUAGCUCCACUGCCACUCAGUAUGCUUCUGAAUGCUGGUUGCUGGGAAUAUCAGGUAGACAGGAUGAUGUCGCACUCAGAUUCAGCCUGCAGGCUUCCAUAGGCACCUGGUUGGCCACUGUGAGAAAAGGAUGCUAGAUGGGUCCUUGGGCUCUUCUUAUGUUCUUAUCAGGUCAAGUUUUCAUGCAGUCAUAAACUUACAAUGGCUAUCUAUUCCAAAUCUUAUUACAAAACAAUGCAACUUGUGGAGUUCUCCUGAUGUCUUUACUAAUGGGUGGAUGUCAUGUUGAGUCUCUUGGUUUUCAUCUCAGAUAUUCUAUAGCAGCCUGGUGUGCUAUCCUCCUCACCUGAUAACUGUAACUUUCACAUGUGCCGUGGCUUAAGAAGACGUUAUUUGCCUACUAGAGCAGUUUUUGUGGCUAGAAUACAUGUUCUUGUCUGAAACAGAGAAUCACUUGAAUUGAAAUGGCUGCUGGAGGGAGGGGUAUGUGACAAGAGGAGGCUUGUAGGUCUACCCAGCUGCACCAGAGGUUAUUGUUGUUUCUGCACAAGUAUUGAGAACAUGGGGUUGUAUCCAACCACUUCAGAUUCAAAGUAGACCCAGUGAAAUGCAUGGACAUGGCUAAUUUAGGUACAUACAUUUCAGUAGGUCUACUCUGAGUAUAGGGUCACAGGUGGCGCUGUGGGUUAAACCACAGAGCCUAGGACUUGCCGAUCAGAAGGUUGGCGGUUCAAAUCCCCACGACGGGGUGAGCUCCCGUUGCUUGGUUCCAGCUCCUGCCAACCUAGCAGUUCAAAAGCACGUCAAAGUGCAAGUAGAUAAAUAGGUACUGCUCCUGUGGAAAGGGAAACGGCAUUUCCGUGUGCUGCUCUGGUUCACCAGAAGCAGCUUAGUCAUGCUGGCCACAUGACCCGGAAGCUGUAUGCCAGCUCCCUCAGCCAAUAAAGUGAGAUGAGCGCCGCAACCCCAGAGUCCGCAGCUGGACCUAAUGGGCAGGGGUCCCUUUACCUUUACCUUACUCUGAGUAUAACUUGGUUGGAGAGAGCCCAUGGAAUUUCAGCAGUGAAAUCCUUCAAGGUUUACAAACAUUCUUAUCUCACUCAGGAUAUUAAUAAAUCUCUCCCAGAAAGAGGGCAGUUUUAUAUGUUUGUGUACGUGUGUAUGUAUGCAUGUCCAAAGAAUCACCUGAGAUUUAUCCCAAGUGAUUCCUUUGAUGUUUUGUGGCCCUGUCUUGAAAGCAGUGGCUUUUGAGAAAUAUCUUGAAGAUCCUUGAUUGUCUAUGCAGUUGUACUCAUACAGGUUCUGUCCAGACUUUAUACUGAAUAUGUGGGAUGUGGGAAAGGACCAUGCAUACACUAAAUGUGGCUCUAUCAUGUGAGAAGGACUACUGAGAUAAGAGUAUGCAGAGUAGGAGAAGUAACUAAAAGUAGAUAACAAGAUGUCAAUCUGGGAGGAACUGAGGGAUUGUGGAUCGAUAUAAGAGAUGUUUAUGGAUUAUUAACAAUGAGCUUAUUAAAAAUCUAACAAGCCUAUUUCCACAAGGGAAAUACUAAGACAAAACCAGUAAUAAACUGCAUCGAGUUUGUCCUCCAAAUAAUUUCAAAGGAAUGUAAGCUACAACAUUAUUUUUAGAAUGCAUGCAAAAUGCUUCCUGUUCCCUCUCCUCCUUUGCAAUAAAUAGUAUUCCAAGUCUCUAAAAAGCGCCAGUGCGUACAAACAGAGGCACACAGAGCAUAAUUGCUGUCUUUUCUAAAAAGCCUAUAAUAAAUCUGGAUCUCCUUCUGGAGGAGCAGGAAUACAAGAGGCCGCCCCAGAUUGUAUGGAAACCAGUGAUCGGGCAGAACAAUGUCCACAUUUACAUCUGGAAGCAAAUUCACAUUAAAAGGAAAACCAGAAACAUUCCAAGACAAGACAUAAAAGCUAAAUUUACAUCCUUUGACCUUUGCAUGGGGUUUUCGGCUAUGGAAAUGGAUAAUUUGUUUGCAUAAUGCCUAUCCUGUUUUUUGUGUGCUAUGUCACCCUUGAAAAUGCUUCUCGUAGUGUCCCCUUUUACAAGUGUAUUGAAAAUGAUCCUGGAAGAUGAACCUCUAAGAAUUGCAGGAAGCUAAAUGUAGGUAGCUUUAGGGCAGACAGAUAAAGUUUAUUAUAGGAGAGAAAAGCUGUGCCUGAUGGAAUUUUCCUUUCAGUGCAGUUCUUAAAGGCACAGCAGUUCCCUAUCCUCCCAGGAAAUGUAGGAACCUUAUUAUAGAAGGCAAUCUUCACACUGGAAGAGUAUUUGCAGCAAAUGUUGCUAUGUCUGAGCAAAUGAAUAUAGCACACCAAUACAAUGCGAGGAGCGAACGACUUCAGUCUCUAGGUCUAUACAUCAACUGAGAGUGUGUCAUUUUCUGACGUCUUUGCCGGCAAUCUGGUAAGCUGCACUGUGGCUUAUUUGUCUCAACCUGUAUUUAUCAGCAGCAGCAGCAAAGCUCAUCUAAGGGGGCACAAUGCACAGUCGAUCUUGUUUCCUUCAAUUUGUUGUAUACCUAAAUGAGUUUGAUGUGCGUAGCAGAGCCUCUUGAAAUAAGUCGCUCGCAGCGGUCAGAAGAAGAGAUGGCAAGUCGAGAGAAAAUACAGCAAAGCUUCCUAAAGCAAUGUGUGGAGAUUCUCAGUUGUCCCAAGAGGCUGGGGAAACCUAGCCAGAGUCGGUUCAGUAAAAGCAUUCUGUUGAGAAGCAAGCCAUCCCUCACAUCAGUAUCUCAUCAAAUUCUGAAAAAGAGAAAAGGCAAGGAAGCCUUUUACACCUGCCUGUAUGCCUUUCUUCCUGAGUGAGCCUUUGCCUCAAUGAACAAGGCCACAGCGGUUAGAGCAGAGGACCCUUGGGGUCUCUUCUAGCCCUACAAUUCUAUGACUCUAUGUUCAUUAAGUGGAUAUUAUUAAUGUAAGUUUCCACCUUACCACCUUGUCUGCAUCAGUCCUACAGGCAGUGACUCUAUUGGCAGAGGAGCUAUUGGCUCCUCCCACUAGAAAAUCAGGCAUCCUUCUAGGUACAGAAAGCAGCUGUCUCAAAGCUGGGUAUGGAAAGGGGAAGAAAGUUCUGGGAGGACAAAAAUGAGGCAUAUCAGUUACAGUGAUACCUUGGGUUACAGACGCUUCAGGUUACAGACUCCACUAACCCAGAAAUAGUACCUCGGGUUAAGAACUUUGUUUCAGGAUGAGAACAGAAAUCGUGCAGCGGUGGUGCAGCGGCAACAGGAGGCCCCAUUAGCUAAAGUGUUAAGAACAGUUUCAGGUUAAGAACGGACCUCCAAAACGAAUUAAGUUCUUAACCCGAGGUACCACUGUACUUAGUUCAUGGCAACCUUUGGCUCAGUGCUCACCUAAUAUUCACUAAAAGGAGUGAUUUAGAAACAGGAACCCCUUUUCGUAAUUAAACAUUCCAGAAUCAACACAGCUGGAAUUAAAUAAAACAUUCUGGUACUUGACCAGAGCCAUGAGUGUAGCCAAGGGGCGGGGCGGGGGAGCUGCCACCCCUAAACCAAUUAAGUAAAUUAAAAUACUUAAAUAACUGACCAAUCAUAUCACAGAUAGCUUGGUUCUGCCUCCCACAACAUAAAUCCUGUUCCGCUAACAUAAAUCCUCGCUACACCCAUUUACAAAGCUGAUGAGGUCAGGAAUCAGCCCUUGAGACAAAGUCCAGUACUUGAGUCAACACAAUCCAGGCUACAAAGGGGCAGGGAUUUUCAGAGAGCAGGGAUAUUUGGGUGCCUGGUCUACUCAUAGAAAAGCCAAAUGAUUUGGGGGCAUCAGGUCUACCCACUGAGAAGCAAGGUGGUUUGGACACAAGGUCUAUGCAUUGAAGAGCAGGGGGAGGGUUGGAUUCCGUGUCUACUCAGCCUCAAGUCAAAAUCAAGAGUCACCAGUAGAUUCACUGGAACAUCAUUUUCACAUGAGUUUGCUAGCUAAAGGCAACCAAGUUAAUGGUCAGAUUAAAGGCAAGGAAAUCCUGUGAUGAUCAGCUAGGUAAAGGUAAAGGGACCCCUGACCGUUAGGUCCAGUCUCGAAUGACUCUGGGGUUGCGGCACUCAUCUCACUUUAUUGGCCGAGGGAGCCAGCGUACAGCUUCCGGGUCAUGUGGCCAGCAUGACUAAGCCGCUUCUGGCGAACCAGAGCAGUGCAUGGAAAAGCAGUUUCUUUUCCCGCCGGAGCAGUACCUAUUUAUCUACUUGCACUUUGACAUGCUUUUGAACUGCUAGGUUGGCAGGCGCAGGGACCGAGCAACGCGAGUUCACCCUGUUGUGGAGAUUUGAACCGCCGACCUUCUGAUCAGCAAGUCCUAGGCUCUGUGGUUUAACCCACAGCCCCACCCGUGAAGAGCUAAGUGGCCUUAAUUCAAAGACAUGAAGUUAGAAAAAGUGCUGAAUUGUGAAAUUUGGAACCUAGGAAGUUGCCUUCUAUCAAGUCCUGUCAUUGGACCACCUAGCUUUGAUUCUUGCAUUGUAGGGUAUUGGAAUAGGUGACACUCUAGGCCCCUUCCAACUCUACAAUUCUAUGAUUGUUUAGCUCAGCACUGUCUAAACUGACUGGCAGUGGCUUUCGCAGGUUUCAGACAGGGAUCUUUUCCAGUCUUAUCUGGAGAUGCCAGGGAUGGAACAUGGGGCCUUGUGCUGCAGAUGUGCUCAAGUUCUGAGCUGCAGUUUUCCACCAAAUUAGGCUAGGCUACAUGAAAGAUCCAAAAAUCAGUACAGCAUAAGAAGAAAGAAGUGCCUUUCUAGAUCAUCUAAACCAGUAGCCUGUUCUCACAAUGGCCAACCUGCAGGACCUGAGAACAAGAGCACUCUCCACUCCUGCAGUUUACAGCAACUGGUAUUCAGAAACAUUAGUGCCUCUCUUGUGCAAGCAGAGAAUAGCCAUCAUGGCUAGUAGCCUCAACCUCACAAACAAAUCAUCUUUGAACGCCAUCUAAGUUAGCGAUCAUCACCAAGUUGGUCUCGUACUACCUUGAGCUAAAAUCAAUGCAAAUGUGGUGUAAAAAAUAUGUUCUAAAGAAACUGUAUACCUUUGAAGACUUAAGUUUUACUUUAGGUUCUUAGGUUGGAUGGUCAUCUCUCAUGGAUGCUUUAGUGGAGAUUCCUGCAUUGCAGAGGGUAGAUGACCCUGGAGGUCCCUCCCAACUCUACAACUCUGUGAUUCUGUAAUAACAUCUGGAAGGCACCAUGUUGCCUACCCCUGGCUUUCUUGAUAAAUUUUACAUUUUCGGAAACCAUGGAAAGAGGGGAGGAAGGAAGAGGGAAGCAAAGCAAUGGAAAGGGACAAGGUAGUACUUUCAAAGAUAUCCUGCAUCUCUUAUUUUUUGAAAUGUACAAGAGAAAAAACAGAUCCAUAGUGAUUACAAGUUCCCAUUCUAUCCAGCAAGAAUUCAUUCUCCUGGAACAAUACCAAGAAUUCUUGCAUGGCCUGUGAGAUACAGUCCUGUCUUCCAGAAAUUUAAUUAGACACGCCUCAAACCAUAAUCACUUUUUGGACUUGAUCGGUGUUAGAACAAUCAGCCUUCAUUCAUCUCAGUUUUCUGGGUGCUUCAGAUGUACUAAGUGGAUUUCAGACUGAAACUCCAGGCUGUGCACAUUAAUGCAGUCUGAGCCUUGAGCGCAAAGCAUCCCCCAGAUGUUUACAGCUAGAGCUCUGACAGCUGCGCAAAGCAGCCACUAGGUAACACUAGGCAGCUGCCUAGAGCAUUGCAGUGUACACGAGCCUCAUACAGAUGAUUUGGAAGUAAAUUGUGAAACUCCUUCACCGCCUGGCUUGACAAUCUGCAUUGUGAAAUGAGACACCCUUUCCUGACUUUUACAGGCAAAUCCAUUUUCCAAGAUUUCCCACACUUAUUGAAAGUGGGGGUAGGGAGCAGGGGCCAGUCUUGGGAUAUAGGCUAGCAUGAUAAAGGUAUGUUAGGGAAUGUCCUUGACUGGGAGACUCCAAGACCAGAGAGGAGACGGUGGAAGAAGAUUGGAAGAAGUUUAAGGAAUAUUUGAAAAAAUAUGUUAAUAUUUAAAUCUUAGAAUGGUUUUGGAAGUGGAUAUAGGCUGUAGGGUUAGAAGUAGAAGAUAGUGUAUUUUAAAACAGUAUUAUUUGUAACUGAUAAAAUGUGAAGAUUUUUGUGGUUAAAAUAAGCGUGAUAAAAGAAAUGGUUAGAAAUUAUGAUAUAUGUAAACUGUUAAAGAUGAGGUAAAAUGAAAAUUAGAUAGGGGGGACUUGGGGAAGCCCACCUAACAAUGUUUAGAAAAAAUAAGGAUAAGACAAGAAUUUGUUUGUAUUGUUUGUUUUUCUGUUUGUGUUGUUUAUUUGUGUUAUAAAAUAAAUAUAUAUAUAUGAAAAAAAAGAAUAAUCUAUUCAGACAGGAAUAAGGAAAAUCAGGCCUGGAGCCAAAUGUGGACUCUUGGGCAUUUCUCUCUGUUUCUUGUCACUCCCAAGACCACUGUUCCUCUCCUCAGGCCAACAGCCCUCACCAGUGCCCACCACUGACAUGUGACUGCUGGAAGGUUUCCCAGAAUGCAAUGCGAGAAAUCCCAGCUGAGAAAGUCCACCAUCCCUGCAUUAAGUCGAACCAUAUGUUCUAUCACUUCCCCUUGUUUUAAUGUUGAUGCUUCGUGUAUAGGUUCCUGCAAUAUGCCUUUAGAAAAAGCACCUUCAUUUUCACAUCCACCUCGGAAGAAUGUGAAAUUCUUGUCACACUGCUGUGAAUUGGCCUCUUUUUGUAAGUCCAUGUAAUCAAAUAUUUUUUUCAUGUGCCACCAAAGUCAGCAUAUCGAGAGUCCAAUUAUUUACUGAUGGAGUUUUGGUUACUUCCCAGUUUUGUAAUAUGAAUAGUAACUAAUGUAGCCCUGUUGAGCCACAACUGAGAUUCUGACUCCAGCUUCCAGUAGCCUGGGGUGUGGUGUAGUAUGGUGUGGUUUAUUUAUAUACGUACUGCUCUUUGGUCCAAAGGACCCCAGAGCCAUGAAGAACAUCAAUACAUAUGAAAAGAGAAAUAUACAAUCAAAGUACAAUAUAAUAGAUUGUACUUCAGAACAGAAUACAACUAAAAAUGUUUAUCAUUUGAUGCUGUGUACAUUGGAAGCAGCAAAUUGCAUUCCACUUGGCUACUUCAGUGUUAGGUUGUCCAAAGGCUGUCUUAAGUCUUCUGGCACAUCCUUCAUUUAGCACUGAACUAUGGGUGUUGCAGGGGUUCUGCCUCUGGCUGCCCCGCCAUAAAUACUUGCAAGGAACUAGAGGAGGGGAUAUCAAGCUUGAGUGAUGGGCCAAGGGACCAAUAGCAUGCAAACAGGCUCUUCACACAAUUCCCCCAUUCCCAGAGUACUGCCCCACCCAAAAUACAGAUGUCAUUCUCACAACCACAGCCAACAUUCACUGCGUAAGUAACCCACCUCUUUGAGUCAUCCAUAGCAACCAAGGAUGCUUUAAAAGUCUGUCUAUUUAGGUAGCCUUUUCAUGUUUAAUAUGCUUACUUGAUUUAAUUUGGUUUUAUUAACUGCCAUUCACUAUUUCUCUUGUACUCCCCUCACUUUCAUUUCUUUACAAAUUUUGUUAAUUGCAUCUUACAUGGCUUGCGCUUUCUGGGGUUGGGAUGUUAUGAAGAUGGAAGGUCACAUAGGAGGGAGGGCAGUUUUAUGAGGAUGGGUUAAGUCAGUUGUAGAAGAGUUAAAUAUUGGGGGUUCAGCCAAAUAAUGCAGCAGAUCUGUUGAUUUAAGAGUCUUCCCCCCUCCCAAGUCAAAGAGAGAUAUGAAUACCAAUCAAAGUUGGAUUAGGACUUACUUUUCUUUUCUAUGUCUUAUAGCUCAUUGCCCCGCUAUAUAUCUAUGUUUCUCUAGGUCUGUGUGAUUUGAAACAAGCGAGGGUAUCCAAAAUGUUUCCAGCACAGCAAUGAAGAGCUCUGUAUUUAUUUUAAACCACAGUAGCAGAUUAUUUUUAAAAAAGUUAAAUGCUCUAUUUAAAGUGUUAAAAACAAAACACCCAACCCCAAUUCCUACAUGGCUCUGCUUUAAUUUAAGAAAACCAACGAACCCAGAACUAUUUAGAAUUCUACAGGUAGCAUUCUAGAUAGGACAUAUAGCUUGAGGCUGUCAGACGAAAUGAGCAAGUACUGGAAAAGCCAGUGAGAAACUGUGAGGUUUAAAAAAUGUAGACAUCAGAAUACACUCCACUUGCCCUCCUUUGGGAUCAUGGAGGAAAGUGAAUCCUUUUUACUUCCCCCAUAAAAAGUUCCUGGACCUAUCUGUAUACAAUUUGGCAGGCUUAAUCCAUUCUAAAGGCACUCUCGUGCCUGCAGAUUUCACCCACUUUGACCAAAAGGCAAAAAAGUUAUAGCUUUAAGAUUCCCCAUUAUAGUGAAAGGGGAACACAGAACAUCAUUUUAUAGACUCAGAACAUGAGGUAUAGGUUGUAGAGGAGGGAGCACAGAGCAAAUCAGUAACAGAAUGGAAGUUUAAACCUAUGCACAUCCCUAUUAAAUACAUCACAGACCAUUUUUGUAGAACUUGCAUUGUAGUAUUAUAACUCAAUAAAGAACCGUGAAAUUUAAGAAAGGGGACAUGUUUUCAUACUGUUGAUUAAAUUCAUGGCAUCUAAGAAAGCAAAGAGUGCAUUUUCAGCAAUGCAAAUAAGCGAGGGAUAAUUGGUUUGCUGUGUUUUCAGCAAUGAAUAUAGUAAGUGAGGAACAAUUAGUUUGUUAACAAUGGCUUGUUGACUUGUGGAAGCGACAUGAAGGAAUAUUAACAAUUUUGUUUCUUUCCAGCGUUCAGGUGGCUCCUUAGCAAUUCCUUUGUGUGCAUUUCAAGGGACCGUAUCUCUCCAUGCGCCUACAGGAAAAACCCUCUCUUUAUCUACAUAUGAGGUAAGCACGGAGGGACAGAAAAUAACGCCCACAUCGAAGAAAAUUGAAGUGUAUCGCUCCAAGAGCGUGGGUCAUGAGCCAAACCCUGAGGAUUCUCCAACCACAUUUGCUGACACGAGUGUCAAGAUCCAUUUAGAAGUGCUUGAAAUUUGUGACAACGAAGAAGCUAUGGACACAGUGUCAAUCAUCAGCAACAUCAGCCAGUCAUCAACCCAAGUCCGGUCUCCAUCCUUGCGCUAUUCUCGGAAAGAGAACAGAUUUGUCUCAUGCGAUUUAGGGGAAACGGCUUCCUAUUCGCUCUUCAUACCGUCAAACAAUCCCAACAACGAUAUUAACAUAUCAAUCCCGGACACUGUGGAAGCCCACAGGCAGAAUAGUAAAAAGCAACACAUGGAGAAAGAAGGUUAUCAAGAGGAGAUACAAAUGUUAAACAAAGCAUACAGAAAAAGAGAAGAAAGCGGUGCCAGCAACUAA